AGCUAAUCCUGCUAGGCGGCUAGGCUAGCUGUAGCGGUGAUGGCGGAGCUGGUGCAGGGACAGGCCGCGAUGAGCCAGCCGGGGCUGAAGCAGGACGGCCUGGCCGACGUGCUGCAGAGGGCCCGCCAGAUGGUGGGGAAGAUGGGUGGAGAAGCCAUGUCCCACCUCAACAGCUCCUCGGGGAGCGUGGAGCCUUCGCUCUACUACCCCGGGCAGAAAAGACCAGGAGAGGACGGAGUAGGUAACCAGCUACCAACCAUGGGCCAUCAAAGCAGAGUCAUCACAGAAGACUACAAGGUCCCUGACAGGAUGGUCGGCUUCAUUAUCGGCCGAGGAGGAGAACAGAUCACCAGGAUCCAGCUGGAGUCGGGCUGUAAGAUCCAGAUUGCUGCUGACAGCGGAGGUUUGAUGGAGCGGCCGUGUUCCCUGACUGGAACUCCAGAGAGCAUCGAGCAGGCGAAGCGACUGCUGGUCCAGAUCGUGGAUCGCUGCAGAAACGGUCCGGGUUUCCACGGAGACGGGGAGGGCGGGACCUCGGUGCAGGAGAUGCUGAUCCCGGCCAGCAAAGUGGGCCUGGUGAUUGGUCGAGGAGGAGACACCAUCAAGCAGCUGCAGGAGCGAGCUGGGGUGAAAAUGAUGAUGAUCCAGGACGGGCCGAUGCCCACAGGAGCCGACAAACCCCUCCGCAUCUCAGGAGACCCGUACAAAGUCCAGGCAGCGAGGGAGUUGGUGUUGGAGGUGAUCAGAGAGAAGGAUGGAGACUUCAGGUCCGGACGCAGCGACUUCGGCAGCCGGCUGGGAGGAAGCAGCCUGGAUGUUCCAGUUCCCAGGUUUGCUGUCGGCAUUGUGAUCGGCAGAAAUGGAGAAAUGAUCAAGAAAAUCCAGAACGAUGCAGGGGUCCGAAUCCAGUUUAAAGCAGAUGACGGCAUCAGUCCAGAGCGCGUUGCCAUGGUGAUGGGUCAGCCGGACCGCUGCCAGCAUGCUGUCCACCUCAUCAAUGAGCUCAUCCAGACCGCACAGGAGCGUGACGGCUUCGGCUCAGCCCUGCGUGGCAGCCGGGUCAGGGGUCGUGGGGAUUGGACCGUGGGCUCACCUGGUCCCCUGCAGGAAGUAACUUACACCAUCCCUGCUGACAAAUGCGGCCUGGUCAUCGGCAAAGGUGGAGAAACCAUCAAGAGUAUUAACCAGCAGUCCGGAGCUCACGUGGAGCUGCAGAGGAACCCCCCACCUUCCACCGACCCCAACACCAGGGUCUUCACCAUCAGGGGCACCGGCCAGCAGAUGGACAUGGCCCGCCAGCUCAUAGACGACAAGAUCGGGUGUUCCGGCAUCAUGAGCAACGGCGGCUUCGGCUUCAGUCCCUUCACCCAGGCUCCUGCUGCUCACCAGAACUGUGGCAGCGGUCAGACUUUCCUGACCGGCGUUUGGGGAAACACCUACCAGACCAACUGGCAGAACCCUGGACAGCAAGACCCUGGUCACAGUAUGGCUCAAACAGGACAGAUGGACUACUCUAAAGCAUGGGAGCAGUACUACAAGAAGCUAGGCCAGCAGAACCAGCCUCAGAGCCUGAUGACGGACUACAGUAAGGCCUGGGAGGACUACUACAAGAAACAGAGCCAGUCGUCUCAGCAGAGCUCAGUGCCAGACUACACUGCAGCAUUAGCAGAGUACUACAGACAGCAGCCCUACCUGUGGAACCCCGCCCAGGUCCAGGAUCACUAGAGGCUCCUCCCUCGCCGGCCCAAGGCCUCAGACGGUCGUCAACGGCAACCGAAUCGGGGUAUCCAAGCAACGCUCUGCCGCUUCCUCCUUCCUUUUUGUAGAGAAAAACUAAGGAUUAACUGAAAAAUCACGAACUCAUUUCUUUCUGUUUUUUAAACUUACAGAGUUGACAUUUUGUCGGACAGAUUUUUUUGGACUAGUCUCUGGUCUGUCCUCAGUAGACCUGGUUUUUCUGUUUUGUUUUUUUUUUUGUUUUUUUUUAUCAAACUUGAACAUAAAGAUGUAUCAGUGUGGCUUUGAACAAAACAAAUCCAGUAUAAUCUAUAUUUUGUCUAGUUUUAUUUUUCCGAACAGACUAUGUUAAAAGGCUUAGCAGUCUUGAGUAAAAGAAUCAGAUAUUAUUUUGUUUAUGAAAAUGUUUUAAAGCAUGCGUCAGAUUGUGUGUUGACUCUCAGUUAUUAUUAUUUUUUUAUUUGGCAUAGAAAUAUUUUAAUAGCGUCGAAUGGAAAUGUGAUACUUCACCGUCAGAGACAAAACUGUAUUUUGUAUUUGAAUCUGUGCUUGCUGGGUCCGUUUGUUUUAAUUCUACCAGUUUAGUCGCCAUCUAGGAGGUGCAAUGAUGCGUUUUCUCGUUUUCUCUCGGUUUGAUGAUGAUAGUUCUUAUUCCUGUAUCUCUAUAGUGACUCUUUAGGUUUUAUGAUGUAAUAAAGAAUAAACGACGAUUUAUAUUGCGUUGUCUAAAGCCAGAUCUCUCUGUGGUCAAACACUUUGUGUCCUCACAGAAUUUAACCUCAAGCCGGCUCCACCUUUCUCCACCUUCGUUUUAUGACAAAAAUGGGGAGUUUGCUAUUUUCUUACCGAGUAUAAACCUAAUUAUCGUUGUUGGUUAUGCAUUUAUACUUUGCUUUUUUGUUCUGGAGGAAGUGCUCCAAGCUGAACGAUGAAGUUAUUGAUCGUAUUAGCAACGUUUUAGCACAAAAGCAAAAAAUGUGUAUUACCUCAGCUGUGUGUCUGCUGAAUGAUUGUGUCUGUUAGCUGUGUCGUCUGGACUUUGCUUUUGCUGUUUUUCAGUAUUUUGUUUGUUUGUGUUCGAGCACGGUGUCACAGGGGUCAGGUGAGCACUAGAAAAAGUGCAGUGUAGCCACUAGCUAAACAUAAGUUAGCAUUAUGCCGCACUUACGAUGAACGGCACACGGGAGAAGGUGAAAACAAGACGCUGAUGUCAGCCUGACGUUCGAUAAAGAUAAAGUCAGACUAAAAAAAAAUAAUUAAAAUGUCGCUCGAAGAUUCAGAUCUACUAAUCAUUUUUACUAAAUUGCAAUUAAGGUGCCAAAAACCAUCACUUUUUGUUAACUCUAAAUUAACAGUGACUCAGCAAAAUUUAGCUAACGGGAAUUUACCUCUGAUGAGAAACAAUGUUCUAAAAUGUAAAAAAUGAUCUGGAAUUUUUUUUUUAAUUGGCCAAGAUAUCCACCGUUUUGCUAAAGAAGAUAAGCUAGUAGAGCUGGAAAAACAUCUGUACAAAUGUUCCUGUUUAAAUAUUUGAAUUGAUGCAAUCACAUCUGCAAAAUACCUUCACACUUGUUUUUUUUUAUUGCCAAAAAGACUUAAAGCCGAGCGUCCCUCUGUAUUCUUUAACCACAAGGACGGAGGGCCGGCCUGAGCUGAACAUUUUGUAGAAAACGUUAUUUGACAGCGUGUUGUUAGCGCUGCUGGCGUGCGUGUGUCCAGGCUGGAUUACGCUUCUCAAACAUACAAAUGUCUUGUUCUUGUACACUUGCACAGAUGAAAAUGUAUAUUUUUCCUUUUUUUUUUUUUUCUUUUUUUCCUCAAACCCAGCAGAAUUUUAGAUCUACUGAUUAGCUUUUGAUGCAUAUUUGUGAAAAUUUGAAGACUUUUUAGUGUUUAUUUUUUUAAAGUGAUUAAUAGUCUUUUCUAAAAUCACAUUGUUUUGUAUCUUUGUAGAGGUGUAAUUUCAGCUUUGUUUGUUAGCAUCAGGUGUUACAGGUCCGUUAGCCAAACAUCGCGAAUAACGCGUGUUAAAACCAGGCUACGCUAGCUUGCUUUGGUUUGAUAGUUGUUUCUACAUUUGUUAGAAUUUACUGUUUAUCGUCAUGGCGAUGCAAUUCCAGCUCGAGCGGUGUAAAACAUUUUUUUUUUACGUUGUUAUCUUUGCUUGUGUUUGCUGACCGUUGUGCAUGUUUCCUGUCUGUUAGCUGUUGUGUGCGUUAGCUGACCGUUAGCCGACCGUCGUGCGUGUUAGCUGACCGUUAGCCGACCGUCGUGCGUGUUAGCUGACCAUUAGCCGACCGUUGUGCGCGUUAGCUGACCGUUAGCUGUUCUGCGUGUUAGCUGACAGUUGUGUGCGUUAGCUGGCAGUUAGCCGACCGUUGUGCGUGUUGGCUGGCCGUUAGCCGACCGUUGUGCGUGUUAGCUGGCCGUUAGCCGACCGUUGUGCGUGUUAGCUGGCCGUUAGCCGACCGUUGUGCGUGUCAGACCACAGAGAGGUUUGAGUUUAGGGAGAUCUGGUCGUUAUUGAAUCAGUGGGUCUUGUUAUUGAGUGUGUGACGAUGAAGAUGCUAAUGCUAAUAAUGGCAACGAUAAUGAGUUUCUCCUGUUCAGGGGUCUAUUUAAAUCUUAUGAGUAUUUAGUUUGUUGAUGAGAUACCAUGGUUUGUGUAAAUUUCCUCUUGUCUGGCGGGUGCUCUCCUGUUUAAAACAAAUGUACUUUUUUGUCCUGUUAAAAAUGAUAUUGUUUAAUUCACAUGUUGUGUCUAACCGAUUUGCAAAGACAAACUGAGUGUGUGUGUUAAUAUUCUCAAGACUGCUAGGCUAACUGUAUGUCUCUCCUUGUCCCUCUGUCUGGACGCCGUCACGCCCAAAAGUUGUCAGGAUCUGUUGCUUUUCGACACGUCUAAUUGGACCAGAAACAUGUCAUGCUAAGCGUAAUCAUCACAAGCGUGUUGAGGUCCUGCUCCUGGCUGGCGUGGCGGCUCCGAGUGAGCAGGGUCGUAGUAACGGGGUUUAAACUGCCCCUCAAUAAUUCAACCCGCCAAAGUGGACUUGUGGUUUGGUGUCCAUUUCUGGUUCCUGGCUUGUUGUGGACCGUUCGGACCAGCAGAGCCAAACCAAGCCGAGAACCAGAAGCAGUCACGCCCACAGCCGUCCACUUGGGCGUAAAGCUUCCUAGUCCUGACCCCCGGUCUUAAAGGGGGAGGGGCUUUUGGUUUUGUGGUUUCUGUUCUUUUUUCUAAUGGACAAAUGUCCUGACUGUAACAUGCAGAUUUUUCUAUUAGAUUCUAUUCACAGAUAAGAGUUGUGUAUGAACCCGAGCCACAAGACUGUCGGUGGCCGAGGAAGAUCAUGAUAAUGAUGAUGUUGUUGAUGAAGAUGAAUAAUAUGGGGGCUAAUAAACAGGCUCAUUCUUCUAAA